AUGACUGGAUUGAGAUUACUGGUAUAUACGUCCCGUCGUCCUUGGAAUCCAAUCUAUGCCGAACUCAUUGAGCCCCAAUUUUCUCUGCGUUCCUCAAGACUCAAGUACUCAAUCAUUCUGUCUUUUGCACCGCCUUACCGCUGUGAAAUUCCACGUUCCAACCGCAUGACUUCCCUGUAUGACUAUCUCAUUAACAGACCCGAGUAA